CGAAAACCAUGACUCGGUAUAGUCAAAGUAAAUCGAGCAUCCGCUUGAUCCUAAGCUCCAUUCUGCUACUCCUCGGCUGCUGUGCAGCCAUAGCAAUAUCACCCAAUGGACGCGUAGUUGGCGGAACAGCGGCCGCCGUCAAUGCGGCACCUUAUGCCGUAUCCAUGCAGUACCAGGCCACGCAUUACUGCGCAGCCAGCAUCCUCAAUGCCAACUGGUUGGUCACGGCUGCCCACUGUUUGACGAAUAGUGCCCAGGUGCUCGGCAGCACUCUUGUGGCUGGCAGCAAUGCAGUGGCUGGAACAGCGUCUACAACCCAGACACGUAGCAUCAGUUACUUUGUGAUUAAUGAUUUGUACACUGGCGGCACUGUGCCCUAUGACAUUGGUUUGAUUUACACGCCCACUGCGUUCACCUGGAGCGCUGCUGUGGCUCCCGUUACGCUACCGCAGUCGGGUGUGGUUCCCACUGGAACUGCCAACUUGUAUGGCUGGGGAAGUACAUCGACUACGAAUACUGCGUCGUAUCCAAGUGUGCUACAAGUGGCUGCCAAUGUGCCCAUUAUCAGUCUGACCUCCUGUGAAACGGCGUUAGGCCAAAAAGGCAGUGAUGUCCAUUCCACUAAUGUGUGUACGGGUCCUUUAACAGGAGGCGUGAGCAUUUGUACUUCGGAUUCUGGUGGCCCAUUGGUGCAAGACAAUGUUUUGAUUGGCAUUGUGUCGUGGGGCAAGCUGCCAUGUGGUCUGGCCAAUUCACCAUCUGUUUACGUGCAAGUUUCAUCGUUUAUAUCGUGGAUUGCGUCUAAUCAAGUUGUGCAAUAACCAAACUAUUAUUUGUUUAAUGCAAUAAAUAUACGAGCAAAAUUGAA